AUGAGUCAAGAAGAGCCUAUCAAGAUAAUCAUCGUGGGUGGCGCCGCCGGUGGAAUGUCUUCUGCUCUUCGAGCUCGUCGAUUGAGUGAAAAAGCAUCUAUCAUUUUGAUUGAGAAACAUAACUACACCAGCUAUGCCAACUCAGGAAUGCCAUCUUCGGUUGGAGGUGUGAUCGAAACAGACACCUUUCUCAUUCACCAGUCGCCGGCAGGGUUGAAAGAUCGAUUUGAUUUGGAUGUACGCGAUUGUACAGAAAUCACCAGUAUAUGGAAAGAGCAGCACAAAAUCCUUGUCAGAAGGGUGGAUACAAAUGACAGCUAUAUUCUGCCAUAUGAUAAAUUGAUCCUCGCGCAGGGAGCUUCUUUCGCUAUACCGCAGAUACAGGGCAUCGAAUCUGAGAAUGUUUUCAGUUUGCAAAUGAUGUUAGAUCUCCAAAGAAUCAAGGAUUACACUGCCAAGAACCAUUGUCGAUCUGCUGCAAUUUUGGGUGGUGGAUAUUUUGCUUUGAAAGCCGUGGAGAGUCUCUCAUAUUUUGGACUUCGCCUUAGUAUUAUACACACCGAGGGACGCAUGUGUCAAGACUUCGACCCCGACUUUGCAAACAUCGUUCAAACAGAACUCAUAAGGCAUGAGGUGCAGGUUCAUUUGAACGCGAAUAUUUUGAAUAUCGGUGCUGGUGUCCUUGAAGACGGCUGCAUCGUGACAUUGGCCAACGAGUCCAACAUCUCUGCCGACAUUGUCAUUAUCGCCACCAGCCUUACUCCUCGAAAAGAUAUUGCAGAAAGCUCUGGUCUCCUCUGCAAUAACGGGGUCAUUGUCAAUGAAUUCAUGCAGACAAGUGACCCUGAUAUUUAUGCGGUCGGGGCUUUGGCAGAAACAUCAAAUUAUUUAUUGGCCGCGUUGCAGAUACAACAUACCUUACCUCUCAAUAGCCCGGCAAGGCAGCAAGGCAGGCUUGCAUCUGAUCAUAUAAUGAAACGCGCAGUUCCGUAUCGUGGCCGUAUAGUUACGUAUAGCUGCAAAUGUUUCAAAUUGACUGUCGCUAUCACUGGCUUUUCGGGAGAGAAACUCCGUGAGAUCGGUUACUUUCCCAAUGCAGUGACAGCUCAGAUCCCUGAACAUGCUGGAUACUAUCCUGCAAGCCAACAAACGACCUUGAGAGUGGCCUUUCAACCCGCAAGUGGACGCCUUCUGGGUGCUCAAAUAAUUGGUCGCUCGGCAAUAGAUAAGUCCAUCGAUGUGCUCUCCACGGCAUUACAAUUUGGAAGGUCUGUGUUUGACUUGGAAAAUCUGGAGCUCUCAUAUGCACCUCAGUAUGGGUCGGCGAAAGACCCAGUGAACGUGAUUGGCAUGAUAGGAAGUGACCUGCUCCAUGGAGAUCUCCACAUUAUUUCACCGAAAGAACUUGAAAGUCACUUUGAGGAGGUCCAGAUCCUUGAUGUGCGCUCCGCUGAAGAUUUUGCCAAAGGUCAUAUACCGUCAGCUCGUAACUAUCCUCUUGAUAUGUUGCGCAAAAGCCUGGCCGAUAUUGACAAGCGAUGUGCUAUUGUUGUUUACUCCAGAGUAGGCUAUCAUGGCUAUCUUGCGUACCGAACACUGGUACAAUCAGGCUACCAGGCUGCUAAUCUUGAUGGAGGGUUGAAGUUGUUGGUUGAGGGGGGGUCUGGGAUUAAAUUGGUAUCUAGCGGGUCCGAUUGA